CAUCUACACUAUGGCCCGUCUUGCGUAUCAACCACAAUCCCCCCUCAACGCCACCUUGACCGUGUCCAGACGGUGGGCGACGAGCCUUGGAGUAUGGGGUGUUGGUGCUGGAACGGCUGCCCUAUUGCUUCUAUCCGUUACUCCUCUUGUUAAGCGUGAAGUCCUCGUGAAGGUGCCCGUGCUCGGUUCAUAUUACGAGGACAAAACGCCUGCCUGUGAUAAACCCUUUUAAAUUACCCGUUGACAUAGAAUUGGUCGACACAUAGGAAUAAUCCACAAUAAAACAUCCAUGACAUA